AUGCAAGCAUACAUAGUCAAGUUCUAUACGAAUCUUGAGUUCUAUGUUCCAUUUGAAGAACCUAUGACAGCAGGCAAGGUCAAAGAGGAAAUGUUCCUUCAGCUAGAAAUACCAACAAAACAAAUGACUCUUGUUUUUAAUGGCCAAAUCCUUCCAGAUCAUGCUAAUCUUCAAGAGAUGGGUGCAAAAAAUGGAUCCGUUGUUUAUCUGUACGUUCCAAACUACGAUAACAUCUUCCUUCAGUCUCCAAAAAGAAUGCUUAAUGAAGUUAUUUCUAUUUUUAUGAACAUUAACAUCAUCCAUGAUGAGACAUUUUAUGAUGCUAUUAAUACAGUGAAGAAGUAUAUUGAAUCUCCCAUCCUUAAGUCGCUUGUUAAAAUUAUUCCUGAAAUUGCAACAUUAUUAGAGGACAUUACAGAGUAUAUCCAACAAGUAGAGUGCCCAUGCGAUGAGUCAAUGAUUGAGGCUAUUUCAAAGGCUAAUGAUAACACCUUUUUCAACUCCCAAUUUUUCGAUACAGAAAACUUUUCUUUUCCAAAGGUUGAGACAAGCGAAACAUCACUCUAUGAGACAAAAUGCCAAUGCGUAAUUGAGCCACUUCAAAAAAUGGAGUGCUCGGAGAGCUCUUUUUCGGACGAUGAAGAACCUACAAAUUUAGAUUAUACUCCAAACAUCAACAGUAAUCCUCUUCCAUUCUAUGAUCCAGAUUAUGGUAGAAUACCAUACGAUUUAUAA